AUGGAGAUGAAAUUACCACCAUUUCAUGGAUUUAACUUGGAGAAGUCAUCGUUAUUUUUGGAUAUGGAAGAAAGUAUAAAAGGAUUAGAACCAACAUUUCCAUUUCAAAAAGAUAAACGUAUAACAGUCUCCAAUGGAUAUCAGUUUGAUUUAGACAAUAGUACCCGCCAUCAUUCACCUAGUUCUGAUGAUUCAGAAAAAUUAUCUUCAAUAUAUUCUUCGGGUAGUACAUUAAAUCGUAGAGUAACUAAGAAUUGUACUCACUUUUUUAAUCAGACAAAUUGUAAGAGGGGGAUUUUUUGCCUUUAUAUGCAUGAUAAUUCACAUCAGCAUUUAUUUCAUGAAAUUUGCCCUGAUUUAAUGAAGGGUAUUUGUACAAAAUUAAAUCAAUGUAGAAAGUCACAUACACUUUUUCCACAUCAAAUGCCAGUGUGUUCACACUAUUUAAAUAAAAAAUGUAGUAGUAAACAUUGUAUUUAUGGAUUUUUACACGUUAAACACAGUGAAGAUACAAAAUAUUGUGAAAAUUUUAAUAGUGGAUUAUGUACUAACGGUGAUAGUUGCUCAUUCCGCCAUGUAUACCAAGAACACCUAAUAAAGAGAAGAGCCUUGUAA